UUAAGUGAACAAAAAAAAUCGAUAAGGUUGACGUUAACAUCAAACGAAGAAAAAUCAGUAAAGUAAUUUACACAAAACCAGAUACAUCCGCUUAACACGUACACGUAAAAUUGUCGAAAAAUGGCAAGCCAGACUCAAGGAAUCCAACAGUUAUUGGCAGCUGAAAAGCGAGCUGCAGAAAAGGUUCAAGAAGCCAGAAAACGUAAACAACGUCGAUUGAAACAGGCUAAAGAAGAGGCUCAAGACGAAAUCGAAAAGUACAGGGCCGAACGUGAACGUCAAUUUAAAGAAUUUGAAGCCAAGCAUAUGGGAUCGAAAGAAGGUGUCGCCGCUAAAAUUGAUGAAGAUACUCGAUUGAAAAUCGAAGAAAUGCGACGAACACUGUCGACCAAUCGUCCGAAAUUGAUUGAUGAAUUGUUGAACUUGGUCUAUGACAUACAGCCCCAAUUGCAUCGAAACUAUAAUCUUCAGAUUCAUGGCCUUGCGGGAAGUGACUAAAAUGCACACAUUACAUUGCCAACAUCACAAAAAGCAACAACGUAAAAUUUAGGAUCUUAAUAUCGAAUUUGUGCUUUGUGAAACAUGGCUCUCUGGAAUUUUUUUUUUUCGUUUUUUGUUGCCAAAAUAUUUUGAAAAUAUGAAUUUAUAAUUUCGAUGGAACUCCAGUCAUUUUGGGGUGACAAUUCGAUGAUACCGAUUUUAUUAUUAUUAUUGUUAAUUAUAUAAAUUGAUUGCAUGCUAUAUUUUCCACUUAUGGGUUAAUAAUUUCCUUCAUAUUGUGACUAACCCGCAACAAGAAUUUGUAUGAUUUUAUCAUUGUACUGAUGAUUGAAUAUCAUUUUUUCCAUAAAUUUAAGUGAUCUAACCCAACUAACCCAAUAAUCUCAUACACAUAGAAACUCAUUUAAAUAAACUAUAUAGCAGAAAAAAAGAGAUGAUGUUGCAAAUCAAAAAUGAAUUUAAAUUAAAUGUUGUAAUUGUUCCGAAUUCAUUGUAAAAAAUAAAAAUAUAUUCAAAUUA